AUGAACACAUCAAAUGCUCUUGUUCUCAUCUUAGUCCUGCUUUCCAUCAAUGCCAGCACAGAAUGGCCUACGCACACAGUCUGCAAAGAGGACAACUUGGAAAUUCAUUACAAAAGCUGUGAUCCCCAGCAAGACUUUGCUUUCAGCAUUGACCGUUGUUCUGAUGUUGCAACCCACACCUUUAACAUCAGAGCUGCCAUGGUCCUAAGACACAGCAUUAAGGAACUGUACAUCAAGGUUGAUCUGAUCAUAGGUGGGAAGACCGUCCUGAGCUACUCAGACACACUUUGCGAGCCUGGUCAUUCUAAGCUUAUUUUCUGUGGAAAGAAGAAAGGAGAAAACCUCUACUACGAGGGACCUGUCACACUGGGGAUCAAAGAAAUCCCACAGGGAGAGUACACUAUUUCAGCAAGGCUGACUAAUGAAGAUCAUGUCACUGUUGCUUGUGCUGAUUUUACUGUGAAAAAUUAUUUAGAUUACUAUUAGCAACUAAAAUAAUGUACCCAGACCAAUUUCAUUAAAG